ACAAUAUUGAAUUUCUGGUUGCAAAACGCAGCUGUAUGUGCAUGUGUGUCGGUGCGUAAUUUCAGUGUGUCAAAGUCGCCGCAAUCCUUCAAUGGUCUUUCACGCACUGCACCUAUAUCUGUGUGAGUGUGUGUGUGUGUUUGUAGCAAAUAUCCACUUUAUUAGCCACAAAAACUGAGUGCUCAAUUAAAAUUUAUGACAGACAAACAGAAAAUAYGGCACGAAGCCUAGAAUAGUUAUCAGCUACGCCAACUAACUGCCCGAARGAGGAAAAAUCAAUAGUUGCAACAUUUUUCACGAACAGCAAAACGCCAAUAUGAGCGCGUUGAAAAGUGAACGCGAAUAAAAUAAAGUGAAAGUGUGUGUUAGAGAGAAAAGUGUAGAAAGUAYAAGCAAUUAUAUAAUUUCGAAGAAAAUUUGUGGUGUAGGCUCGGUUUUGACAGUUCCACCAAUUUCUACAAUAAGCGCACGCGUGUGUGUGUAUGUGCGUCYGGGUCAACCAUAUGCUACAAUCGAUUUAGAUGCCAGCAACAAUAACACAAAUUCAUUGUGACACUCGUUUCACUUAAACAACAACAAAUCUACAACAACAAAACUACACCAACAUAUGUAUACAUACACAGGCGGAAGUUUCACCACACCAACGACGACGACGACGACGACGCMUACGCCAACUGCCAACGUGUAGUAGUUUGCAGAAACUUCCAGUGCUGGCAACCUUAACCUAAACUAUUAACAGUCACAAGCAACUAAAAGUAGAAAUAGAAUUAUAAACAUCAAGCAACAAACAACAACAAAACCAAGAAGUAAACUCUACAACCAAUUUAACUGCCAAACGCUUAACAGCCCUAAACCGCUGCAGCUGCCGCCACAAUGGGUAAGAARAAGGUACCGAGUGAGGACCUCAUUGUGCCGCCACAGGAUCAGCGCAUAUGCGGCACGAUUUGUGUGUGYCAAAUGACGCUCGUGCUCAGCUCGGUGGCGCUGGUCUAUCUAACGGUCGCCAUCUACAUGCCGUCGACGCGCGCYUUCAAGAGCGGCAUCGAUCCAACGCCCGUCAUGUGCACCACCACGCGCGCCGUCAACAAGGACAACUGCGAGUGGGGCUCGUGCGGCGAGUGGUGUCUGAGUAAGACGUCUGGCGCCUGCAUACAAAUCUACGUGAAUUUACGUACCAACGGCACCAAUCUCACCUUUCAGAAUUGCACGAAUUCGGCGAAUAAAACGUGCUACGGCAUCGAUCAGGACCGCGCCGAUAAGGCGCGUUGCAUAAAUGAUGAGUGCAAAAAUUUGACGGGUACAUUUAAUUGUACCGAAGGUCAGUGCUUAAAUAUAACCGAUGCGUUYGAGUGUGUUUUCAAGAAUAGCGAUUCGCCGGUCAAGUGUUCGGGUCGGCGGGGGAAAAUCAAUUGUAUGGACAUAAACGGUUUGUUUUCGUGUAAUCGCGGCACGUGUCGCAAAAUACGCACUCCCUACAAUUGUGACCGUCGUUGCGUCGACAUACCGACACGCAAUAAGAAUGURGUGGUGUUGAGUGGCGACAAAGUGUAUUUGUCGCAAUGUCAAAAUGCCAUCAAUGCAGAGACUAAAGAAGAAGUGUGGAAUGAAUCCGCUGAUAAUGUUGUGAUGGCAUCGUGUUAUUUCAUAAAAAACACAUCGGAUCGUGUGGAGGCAUUAGAUUGCAUUAACGGCUCGACGCUGGAACACAAUAUGCUCACGGAUCUCACCAAUUUCACGUAUCUAAGUCAUCUGCACAUAUCGGUGUCGGUGCCAACGCCGGAGAUAGCGCCACCCGAUUUCGAUUUGACCAUUUCGAAUGAGUCGAAGCUCAUGAUCAAUCUGGAGGGUUGCGUGAAUACGCUGAUGGAUGAGUGCAAGGAGUUCUUGAAGGAUUUCGGCCGUGAUGGCAGCGAUCACAAUGCACGUGCGCGCUUCCCUUGCUUCUACUCGCCGUCAAAGAAGGAAAUUGUCGUGGCUCGCUUCGACUUGGAGGUCACCUAUCGACAGUUUGUUAUCGCCUCGGUUGUGCCGUCCGUCUUGUUUGUGGUAUCUUGUCUAGUCUUGCUGCUGUGUCAGAAGACCGUCUAUGUGGGUGAUGAUGCGAAAAUGCGYUUCAAAGGUUGUGUGGACACGGAUACGAUAUUGGCGAAAAAUAAUAUUGGCUCACAAACCAAUUUGGGCGAUACUGGUGGAGGUGGUGGCGACGACGUAAUGGCACUAUGAGAUCCGUCACCAUACUUUCAGCUACAUCAACGUGGAUUGAGACCUGAAAGUUCGAAUAUUUAUCCACAUUUUUGAACAUUUGUGCUGUUGUUAUUGUCUG